UUUGAUUUUGACGAGUGGAGUGGGGUCAAUAAACUUCUACGACAGCAUGGUUUGCCAACGAUUACCCUGACAGAUCCAAAUAGAAUCUCAGAUAUUGCUGAUAUUGUUGUCUUUGAAUCAAGUGUGGCCAGAUUAAUACGUGAGAAUCUAAUGAGUCUGAUUCAUGAUAAUGACAGAAGACAAGAAAUUAUACAAGACUUAAUUAUGUCAAACAAUCAGAUAAAGAGUGACAUUGAAAGAUCAAGUAUACAUAUAAGAAGAUUGGAAGAUGAGAAACAAGAUUUGGAAAUAUUAUUAGAUAACGCUAGAGACAGUAUACAGGAAUUGAAAGAUAAACACUUAGCCCAGCUUCGUCACCAUGACAACACUGCAGAGAUGCUUCGUCUUUCGCGAGAAACCACUGAAACAAGGUGUAAACAUAUUGAAGAGAAGUACAACAAACAGGAAGAUGAAUUAAACCGAUUAAAAAGAAAACUAAGAAUGGUGGUGGAAGCUGAAGAAUCAAGAAUUGAACGUCAAAACGAGAUAUUUCAACAAUAUAGAAAUAAAGGAUCCCGUGCUCACAGUACAGCAGAUCAAAGGCAUGAAGCAAGGAUGUAUCGAGAUGCUAAUAUUGGUAAACGAGUUGAUCGUUAUGAUGCGUUGUCACCGUUACCUGAUGAUACAUUAACGUAUGAUAAUAGAGGAUUGUCAUUGGCUGGACAUAACGGUAGAUGGUCUGUCGAUACCGACCCAGUACCAAACUAUAAAGCAGUAGUCAAA